AUGCACCGGCUUACUCCAUAUCUUCAGCAAAUCCAAGGCAGCGACUGCGAGUUUCAGCUUGCCGCAACUUGCAACCUGCGCUGGUGUCGAAGAGUCCGUUGGAGAGAUGGUCCAAAGAACGAGGCGCUUUUUGGCAUCUGCGCGCAGAGCCUGAACUGGACAGGCAACAUGCUGGCUGGCAGCUCGAUCUUCGCGGUCAUCUACGCCUCGGUCACCAUCUGGUCCGCCGUCCUCUCUCGUCUGCUGCUGGAGCGAGUGCUAACAGAGUGCCAGUGGCUGAGCAUCUUUGCCGUCUUCUCGGGCUUGGCCGUCACUGGGGUAGAUGCCAGGAGCACCGGCGAAAGUAUUUUUCUUGGCACCUGCAUGAUUGGAGCAGGCACGGUUCUCCAUGCGACUUGCCACGUCCUGUCGGAGAUGGUCUCGGUACGAGGAGCCAGGAUCCCGGCGCAUUUGAACGCCUCGAUCCAGGGUCUCACCGGCUGCGCCGUUGUAGGAGCUUGGCAGCUCACGUUUACCACUUCCCACUGGUCACGAAUAACGGAACCGAUGGCUGAAGUUGGCACCUCCUGGCUAGAAGCCUCGCUGCUUCUUGCUGCCGUGGCACUGGGGAACUUCGUUCAUGCUGGAACCUUCUUCUACCUUCUCACACGAGUCGGAGCCGUGUCCACGGGCGUGGCCAAGGCUUUACAGGGCGUCGCUGUUUUCGCGCUCUCCCACCUCCUGUACUGCAGGCAAGAUGCAUCGCAGUGCUUCUCUCCAGCGAAGGGCUUGUCGCUGCUCAUCGUCACAGCUGGAGUCGUGAGUUAUGUUCUUGCGACGAGUUCUGCCACCAGCUCUGCCAAGCGGAGCAGCCACUAG